UAUGAUCAAAAAAAAAUCAACUUUGUGAAUUUGUUCUAAAGCGCCAUCUAUGAAUGAGUAUUCUUUAGUAUUACACAAAGACCAUCUUUGUCAGGUCAUCAAGUGUUGUUGUGGCCAAAAUAUUUUUUUCUACCAGUAAUUUGAUUUGCAUUUGGCCGGAAUUGGUAUAUGAAAAAAAUAUAAGAUAUCAAUUCUGGCAUCAACAAGUGGUCGAUGGCCAUGUUCGUAGGCCGAAAAGCGAAUAGUUAUUCGAUAUUGGCGAUGCGAAUAUGGAAAUUGUUUCUCAUACUUUGCUCAGUCAUAUCGGGUAUACUUUUUGCUAUCGUUUGGUGCAAUUAUGAACAAACAGUUAUGCGAAUCACUUCGAUGCAUUCUCCAUUGUCUAUGGUGAAUCAUUUCGAAGUAGGCAACGGUAAUUGGCGAUCAAAAUUGGAUGAUCAUUUGCAACAGAAUUCAAUGAGCUACAAUAAAUGGCUUGCAUCAUUGUCACUCGAAUCUGUGCCUAUUCCGAAUGAACUGGUUAGUUAUGGGAAAAACCGUUCAUCGCUGAAGCUGGAAUCAGAAUGGUUGGCAAAUCGAACCAGAAUUCUUUGUUUGGUGUUGGCUACCACACGCAGUCGAAUUCGAGCUGUAAAUCACACCUGGACUCGACAUUGCAACGAACGUCAUUUUUAUGGUGGAUUUCACGAGAAACAAGCACCUUACGUCAAAAUUAAAUUCCUGGACGAUUCAUUGCUAUCACCUCGUACGUUUUGUUUGGCGUUCAUCGAUUUAAUGGCUCGAGUCAAACAUGACUAUGAUUGGCUGUUAAUUACCACCGAUCAAACGUACGCCAUUGUAGAGAAUCUAAGAUACCUUGUUACACCGUUGGAUCCACGUGAAAGAUUCUACAUUGGUCGACCAGUCCAACAUUACUUUUUGGGUGUUUAUAAUUCUUUCGAUUCGGGAAUCGUACUUAGUCGUGGAUCAGUCGAUCUACUAGCAAACACACUGUUCAUGGGAAAUCAUACCACUUGUAUUAAUUUACCAACCAAUGGCCUUGUAUAUGGAGGACAGUUUGAUUCUUACAUUGGCAUGUUUUUUGCCAGCCAUUCUGUACGCCCGGAAAAUUCUUACGACCAAUCCAGCGGAACUCGAUUUCAUCCCUUCAUGCCGGAAAAACAUCUCAACCCACAACUUAUAUCCGUGUUCGACACAUUUUGGAUGUCGAACUUGUUACCUGUGAACAGCGGAUUUAGAUGUUGUAGUGAUCAUGCUAUCACUUUCACUGGAUUUUCCUCGGUCACCAUGUACUUUAUUGAAUAUCUUCUCUACCAUUUGGCAGCUUUUAGCAAAUUCGACUCAAUUGACGGUUUAGGCAAUCAUCCACCUCCAUACCUGGCCUAUCGAGUGCCAUCUGACUUGGACGGAACAACAAUCAUGUCCAUGACGACAACCAAUACUCACCAUAAUAUACAUCAUCAUCAUCACCACCACCGGAAACGAAAGAGAACAAAACAUCGAAAGAAAAAGCCUCCUAACGAGGACGAAUCAUCAUCAUUUAUAAAAAACAAAGAUUUUUCGUGAAUAAAUGGUUAUUUUUUAAUCGAUGA